AUGGAGGCCGGAGAGGAACAGGAGCACGUUCUGAAACAAAGGCAAGUCCUGAUAUUCUUUGUUUUGCUGGGCAUAGCUCAGGCUGUUUCCGAGCCUAUGCACUAUUCAGUGUCCGAGGAAACAGAGAGUGGCUCUUUUGUGGCCAAUUUGUUAAAAGACCUGGGGCUGGAGAUAGAUGAGCUAGCUGUACGGGGGGCCCGGGUCAUUUCCAAAGGGAAAAAAAUGAAUUUGCAGCUCGAUAGGCAGACCGGGGAUUUGUUGUUAAAUGAGAAACUGGAUCGGGAGGAGCUGUGCGGCCCCACAGAGCCCUGUGUGCUACCUUUCCAGGUGUUAUUGGAAAAUCCCUUGCAAUUUUUUCAGGCCGAACUAUGGAUUAGGGACAUAAAUGAUCAUUCCCCAGUUUUCCUAGACAAAGAAAUAAUAUUGAAAAUUUCAGAGAGUAUCACCCCCGGAACCACUUUCCUAAUAGAACGUGCCCAAGACUUAGAUGUAGGAAGCAACAGUCUCCAAAAUUACACAAUCAGCCCCAAUUUCUACUUCCAUCUUAAAUUACAAGACAGUCCCGAUGGCUUAAUAUUACCAUGGCUGGUGCUGGAUAAGGCUCUGGAUCGCGAGGAACAGCCUGAGAUCAGUUUAACCCUCACGGCGCUGGAUGGCGGGAUUCCACCCAGGUCCGGCACCGCCCUAAUCCUCAUUGAAGUCUUGGACAUCAAUGACAACGCCCCCGAGUUUGCAAAACUACUCUAUGAGGUGCAGGUCCCGGAGAACAGCCCCGUUGAAUCCCAGGUUGCCACAGUCUCUGCUAGAGAUUUAGACAUUGCAGCCUAUGGACAAAUAUCUUACGUAUUUUCCCAAGCCUCAGAAGACAUUCGCAAAACGUUUCGAAUAAAUGCAAAAUCGGGAGAACUCUUUUUAAAACGGAAACUGGAUUUUGAAUCCGUUCAGUCUUACACAGUAAAUAUUCAGGCGACAGAUGGUGGGGGUCUUUCUGGAAGUUGUGUGCUGUUUAUCCAAGUGAUGGAUUUGAAUGACAACCCUCCGGAACUGACUAUAUCCACACUUAUCAAUCAGAUCUCGGAAAACUUGCAGGAGACCAUAAUUGCUGUAUUCAGUGUUUCAGAUCCUGACUCGGGAGACAACGGAAGGAUGGUUUGCUCCAUCCAAGAUGAUCUUCCUUUCUUCCUCAAACCCUCUGUUGAGAAUUUUUAUGCUCUUGUGACAAACACAGCCCUGGACCGGGAAACCAGAUCUGAGUAUAAUGUCACCAUCACCGUCACCGACUUGGGCACACCGAGGCUCAAAACCGAGCACAGCAUAACCGUGCAGGUGUCCGACGUCAACGACAACGCCCCCGCCUUCACACAAACCUCCUACACCCUGUUCGUCCGCGAGAACAACAGCCCCGCCCUGCACAUCGGCAGCGUCAGCGCCACAGACAGAGACUCGGGCGCCAACGCCCAGGUCACCUACUCGCUGCUGCCCACCCACGACCCGCAGCUGGCCCUCGCAUGUUUCCUACUGGGAAUAAGUCUAAUCCACUGUUUCAGAUGUAUCUAA